AUGGCCAGCACUAGGGUCAUUCGUGCUGCGUUCUUGGUUUUGCUCCUUGUGGAGCUCUCCUUUGCUGCUAGAUCACCAAAGGCCAUUAGGGGUAUCGGUGGUGGCGGCGGCGGUGGAGGUGGUGGAGGGGGCGGUUCAGCUUCUGGGUUCGGGUCUGGGCAUGGUUUGGGACAUGGGUAUGGGAGUGGGUCAGAGUAUGGUACUGAAGGCGGAAGCGGAGGCGGUGGAGGUGAAGGAGGGGGUGGUGGCGGUGGAUAUGGUGAAAAAGGUGGUUAUGGGUCUGGAUAUGGGUCCGGUGGUGGCUCUGGUUAUGGGUCUGGUGGUGGCAAAGGAGGAGGUGGAGGUGGAGGUUUUAAGACCAUUUGA